AAGCCCCCACCCCUCACAACCAACCCAUUACAGCAAACACACCCUCAUUUUCAGCUCUCAAAUUGAAAGACUGCUUUCGAAAUCAAACAUUUCGAUUUGAAAUUUAGGGUUUGGGUGAUUGUUAGUGUCUAUGAAGUUGGAGGAGGAAGCAAUGGCGUGUAGAAACGAGGAGGAGAGGGAGGAGGAGGAAAAGCUGACCCACCACCAUCACCAGCAACAAUUGCAAUGGUGUGCGGUAGGGGCUGGGUUGCCUCAGCAGCUGAGGAAGGUUGUUGUGGUUGGUUACGCUCUUACGUCUAAGAAGACGAAGAGCUUCUUGCAGCCCAAGCUCGAAGGCCUAGCUAGGAAUAAGGGGAUACUAUUUGUUGCUAUUGAUCAAAACCAGCCCCUCUCGGAUCAAGGUCCAUUUGACAUUGUGUUGCAUAAGUUAUCAGGAAAAGAGUGGCGCCGGAUUAUUGAGGACUACCGGCAAACUCAUCCAGAAGUAACAGUUCUUGAUCCUCCAGAUGCCAUACAGCAUUUACACAAUCGCCAAUUCAUGCACCAGGCUGUUGCUGAUCUGAACUUGUCCGACUCCUACGGCAAAGUUGGUGUUCCCAGGCAAUUGGUUAUCAAGAGAGACGCAUCAUCCAUCCCUGAUGCGGUUGCCAAAGCUGGGCUAAGAUUACCAUUCGUUGCAAAGCCUUUGGUUGCCGAUGGAAGUGCAAAGUCACAUGAAUUAUCACUUGCUUAUGACCAAAACUCCCUUCAAAAGCUUGAACCUCCACUUGUUCUUCAGGAGUUUGUUAACCAUGGAGGUGUUCUCUUUAAGGUAUAUAUAGUUGGUGAAUCCAUAAAAGUGGUCAGACGUUUCUCUCUACCUGAUGUCAGUAAAAGGGAGCUCUCCAAAAGUGCCGGUGUUCAUCGUUUUCCAAGGGUUUCUUGUGCUGCAGCUUCAGCGGAUGAUGCGGAUCUGGACCCUGGUGUUGCUGAGCUUCCCCCACGACCUUUGCUCGAGAGACUUGCAAAGGAACUUCGCCGUCGACUGGGACUCCGACUGUUCAACUUGGAUAUUAUCCGAGAUCAUGGUAGCAGAGAUCAUUUCUAUGUCAUUGACAUUAAUUAUUUCCCUGGGUAUGGAAAGAUGCCAGAAUAUGAGCACAUAUUCACAGAUUUUCUUUUGAGCCUGGUGCAAGGAAAGUACAAAAAAUGAUCAUGCUAGAAACUGUUAAAUAGCGCCUUUGUGGAUGGAACCAAGUAGCGCCACUCAAAGGGAGAAGAAAUAUCCUCUCGCCUCAAUAAGUAUCUGCAGAAGAAAGUGGCACUCUCUCACCCGAAGUUCAAGGUUUUCUGCUUAACCCGCUACCAUGCAUAGGGUGUUGUGUGAUUCUUGGCAGCGGCUGGAGGAGGGAACAUAACCAAGUGGAAAUGGUCCAGACCUUUAACGUGUGUAAUUUCCUACUGUCUGGCAGGAUAUGUUUCCAACUUUCCGUUUUAAGCACCCAACUUGUACAAAGUUCAAGAAUCCAUCUUUUAGGCAGUUCUCAUGAAUCUAACUAAGCUUUUGUUCUUCAUUCUUUUUUGUGUCUUCCAAAUAUUUCGUGCUUGUAAUUUGGUGAUGUAAGCAGUUGGCGAAAACGCACAAUGUAAGAUUCCCUAGCUUUUUACAGCUUUCUAUCAAAUAGAAAGGUGAAAGAAGCUCAGAUGUUGAAUAAGAUUUUUUGCCAUUCUAUA